AUGGGUGAUACGAUAGACCGGAAAGACUGCUCUUUAAUCUGUCAGCAUGCGUAUGAUGUGUUCUUGAGUUUCAGAGGUGCAGAUGCUCGCAAGAACUUUACUGAUCACCUCUACACAGCUUUGAAAUGGGCAGGAAUUCGUACAUUUAGAGAUGAAGAUGAAAUCAAGGGAGGAGAACAUAUUGACGCUUUGUUAAAGUUAACCCUUUCUAACUGCAAUUUGGAAGAUCAUGAUAUACUUGAUAUUAGCAGCCUGUGUUCUUUGGAAUGUUUAGAUCUAAGUGGAAACCCCAUUUGUAACCUACCAGAAAGCAUGAACAAUCUCACUCUGCUCAAGUCCCUUAUGUUACAGCGGUGCACAAGGCUCCAAUCACUUCCACAGCUACCAGAAAGUUUAAUGCGAUUAAUAGCAAGCAAUUUUGGAUCUUCGGAAAGAAUUACUAAUCUCCCAAACUUGUUGGGACCAUUGGAAGUUGAUACUUUUUAUCGUCACAAACUGAUCGAGGGACGAGGUUCUUUCAAGUUGGAACCAAUAAGAAAUUUUGUUGUAGAGAUGAUCAACAUCAUGCGCUUGUUCAAUUUGGGAUCUGUAGGAAAUAUUGAAGUGACUGAGUCCAAUUUUGUGGCAUCAACUCAGAGAAAGCUUUCUGUCCAGGCGUGUCAAACAACAUUUUAUUUGCCACCAAGUUUUGGUUGCGUGAUCUGUGGUUUAAAUAUAUGUGUUGUAUAUGCAUGCAUUAAACCUGAAGUUACUUGCAAUUAUCCUUAUUAUGCUCAAAUUAGAAUUGAGACCAAGGGACUACUGUGGGAAUAUACGCCAAUAUGCUUUGGAUUUCCAGAAGCCAACGAGGAUAUGUUGUGGUUAUCCCAUUGGAAGUUUAAGGAUUGGUAUCAAGCUGGAGAUGAAGUGCAGUUUUCAGUGAUUACGGCUCCUUCUUUUCAGAUGAAGAAGUGUGGCAUCCGUCCUCUGUAUGAACAGCAAGAUGAUGACACUGAAUCAAACUCUGGAGAAAUAGUCCAGAGCACCUCUCUUUCGGCACAGAACUUUUACUGA